AUGAUUGCCCAGUCCGUCUCCCCGCUAAUCCGCCGCCCGAGUCUCAAACUCCUCAGCCGUGGGAAUUCUCCCCGUCGACGAGUGCAACGAACAUCAUCCGCCAACGACCGUCGAUACGCCGACUUCAAGAUGGUCAACCUUCGCACCCAGAAGCGCCUCGCCGCCUCCGUGGUGGGCUGCGGCAAGCGCAAGAUUUGGCUCGAUCCCAGUGAGGUGAACGAGAUUUCCAACGCCAACUCCCGUCAGACCAUCCGCAAGCUUGUCAGCGAUGGCCUCAUCAUCCGCAAGCCCGUCACCAUGCACUCCCGCGCCCGUGCUCGUGAGCUCAACUUGGCCCGCAGAAUCGGCAGACACCGUGGCCUGGGUAAGCGCAAGGGUACUAAAGACGCUCGUAUGCCUAGCCAGAUCCUCUGGAUGCGCCGUAUGCGUGUUCUCCGUCGCCUCCUUGUCCGUUACCGUGCCUCCGGCAAGAUCGACAAGCACCUGUACCACGAGCUCUACCACCUGAGCAAGGGUAACACCUUCAAGCACAAGCGCGCUCUCAUCGAGCACAUCCAAAAGGCCAAGGCUGAGCGGCACCGUGAGCGUGUCCUCAAGGAGGAGAUGGACGCCAAGCGUGCUCGCAACAAGGCUCUCCGUGAGAGACGGGCGGAACGCCAGGAGGCCAAGCGUAACGCUCUGGUCGGCGAAGCCCAGGAGUAA